GUCGCCUUGCAAAGUGUUUGACAUUCAUAAACUGUGCUCUCUUUUCUACAAUUUCCACUGAUAGAUUGCAAUUUGUCUUCCCCUUCUGCCUUCGGUUCGUUAUCAACAAGUUGCUCCUUCCCAAUAAGUCUGUGUAGUGAUUAUCAAUCCGCGACUCGCACGCGUGUGUGGAUGUUCGUAUUCUCCGGGUGUUCCGUUGUUUUUAUUAAAUUUUCGUUCCUCCUAGGAAUCUUCGCGACAAAAUCUUAAUCCUAUUUCCGGCUUCUGUUUGUUAAAUAUCCUCGAAACUGCGGAGUCGUAAUUAUUGAAUCAUAGAACUUUUUGCUUCACCCUCCGGUCGCGUGGAUGAUAAAAUGAAUAAGAUAUGGGUUGCCUUCGCAGUGUUUGGCGCGAUUUCGGUUCUGCCAGCCAACGGCCGGAUUGUGAAACGCAGCUACUCGGAUCAAAGCGUGCACGGAUAUCUGACGGAGAGAACAUGCUGGUGGAACGAGGUCUGCAAAGAGGAGUUCCAGCAAUUAUUUCGCUGUAGAUGUCCACAGUGGUCUUACUGCAGAUCCCCUGGACGCUACUAUAAUGCCUACUGUUCUAUGACUAACACCGGCUACAUCUGGACACAACCCACGUGGGACUGGGAAACGGCCUAACAGAUAUUGUUUGCAGUUUUUACAAUAAAUGAAAUUUAUUUCUUGAUUCAAUUGAAUACACAACGUAUAGGAAUGUCAUCGAUCAACAAUCUGUAGAAGAAAAUAAUAUUUUCUGUCUGAAAUUCAUGACAUAAAAAGAUGGAUUGUGAGAUGAAGAUCAAAACAACAAGAAAUACGGUUCUAAAAUCAAAGUAGCAUUUCGCUAGACAAUGGCUUGAAGUAACACAUGAACAUGUUUGCUGUACAACACAAUAAUACUUUUUAGGAGGCACACUUCAGCACAGAUAAUCAGCAAACCGAUUUUAGCAAUGAUAUUCAUUGACUCAGAAAUAAAUUUCACUCUAGCCAAAACAAAUCAAGAAUAUACACAUUCGCAAUCAUUAUACAAAUAAUUGAAAUCCGCAAACGCGUCAGACCUUUCGGCAGCAACUUUGCUAACGCCAGCGCCCAGCGGUUCGUUAAGUUGCCCUGUUUUAGGUAGUAAUCGCAAUCACAAGAGACCAAACCUAGCGUGAAUAUAAUGUAAUGCUUUCAUAGAGACCAAAUAUUUUAUAUAGAUUUAUAGAAACUCACACCGUAGGACUUGAUUGGACCAUAGGCUAGUGCGUUAUAUACAGAGUGGUAUUCGAUUGUUGCGGGUGGUAGUGCUCUAUAUUGAGGAGGUUAUUGUAGCGGAGAAUGGCUAUUACUAAGGUUAUAUGUAUGAAGAAAUUAUAUCACUGUCACACCUAAGCGUAUCGAUAAAGGAAUACACCAUAUCAACUGACGUUGCUCGGUUUAUUACGCCGGAAUUCAUAACAAUUUUUAUUUCACCAAAAAAGUACCGAUUAACGACACUCAGCAUCGAAAAUUGAAAAGAAAAAAAAUUAUUUGAAUCAUAUUGAAAAGGUUUUCUCAAUUUUGGCGAAAUUUCCGACCGAAUCAUAAAAUCACUGUUGCUUCACAACAGUUACAGUAUAAAAUUUGUUCGAUUCCGAAUAGAAUAGAUGGGUUCAGUGGCAUAGAUAGAAAAAAAAUUCAUAUGUUGGUUUUCGAGCCGCUAUAUUAUACAUAUACACACAAACACAAAACUUUGAAGAAAAAAAAACAGUUGUAACUUUAAAAUAUUGCAGAAAAAUCAAUACAUCGCAUUUUGCAUCCGAGAAGAACGAAAUAAAAAACAAUGAAUCAA